UUGUUUGAUAACCCCGGUCACCGUAAACGUAGUAAAACAUCCGGGUAAUUCGAGUGACCUUGGUCUGCUUGAGAAAAUCAUGGCGGCUCUCGCAAGGAUAAGUGCUGUUUGUCACAGAGGUGUAAGGCCUCUGUUAUUUCGCUCUUCAUUGCUCAUCAGACCUGCGGCUGCGCAGAAGGUUCUCGACUGUCCAUAUCUAAUCUCAGCAAAGAUACACGCGACACCCUCUAACUAUGCUGUUUCUGGGUCCAACGCUGCUUCCUUGCACUGGACAGGAGAGCGUGUCCUGAGCGUUGUUCUUCUGGGCAUGAUGCCCGUUGCCUACUGUUACCCAGGCCCGGCUAUUGACUACUCCUUAGCAGCCGCACUCACGCUGCACAGUCACUGGGGACUUGGCCAAGUUUUGACCGACUACGUUCAUGGAGACUUUAAAAUCAAGAUGGCUAGUGCAGGUCUCUUCGUUCUCUCGACUGUCACAUUUGCCGGCCUUUGCUACUUCAACUACAAUGAUGUAGGAAUUUGUAAAGCUGUGGCCCUCUUGUGGAGUAAAUAACUUGACUAAGAUGGGCAGGGUGUGGUUUGGGAUCAGCUUUCAUCAUUAGACUUGCAUUCAUUUGUAUACAUUUGAGAGAUUCUAUGUAAAAAUGUAUAAAUAUAUAAUUUUUGACCACAUACAAUGUUGAUUCACUAGCUUUUAAAUUGUAUAUUGUGUCAGUUUGUUCCGAACAUAUGUUCCGCUUUAGCCUAAUAUGGAAGUUUCUGUAUAAAAUCAGUGUUGGACAUGCAUUCAACUAAACAGAAUGUUGGGUUAAACGACAUUGUCGCUUCUCACAAGCUAAAGAAAUCAACACAAUAAGGAUGACAAUCUGCAUUUAGUUGUUAAGAAAACGAGAUAAUAAAUGGUUUGUCUACAAGUAUCUGUACAAACAGCAUCAUUAUCAGAAUGCUGUUUUUUGGCAGAGUCAUCGUGGAAUGAAGAAAUGUACCAGUUUAUAUCCUUUCUCUGAACAAUGCUGUUAAUCAAACAAUGCUUUAUAUCAAAAACACAUUGCCAUACAUUGAUGUUAUAUAGACCUAACAUGCGUAUACCCCAGGUAUUAAAGAUCAUACAAAAGUCUUCUAAGAUCAUUCAUAACAUCUUGAGAAUUGUAAGUUUAACAGUAUUUCAGCGUGAUGACACAAUAUCUUUGCAUGGCAACAUUUUGCUUACAUAAUCAUUUAUUGCUGAUAAUCUAUGCAUAAAUAACUGUUUAUUUAAAUUGCUUGGGUCGUCGCUUGAAAAGCAGGCUUGCUACACUGUUAUUACAGUAUAACUGUCAGCUUGUAUGUCACAAUGAGUCUAAAAUUGAAUCUAUAAACUGUAAAAAUAUUUGAGUCAUUUUUUAAUAGAUUCUAAAGGUGACGGAAUUUUAUACUGUAUGCAGGUAUUGUUUUUAUAUUUUAUUACUCAAGCAAGGCUUUGCACUGGCUUUUGAGCUCUGUGUAAUAAAUGUGUUAACAGUU